AAGUGAGUAACUUUUGAUGUGUCGUUAGUUGACUACGAGAGUAGGCUUUCUAAGAAAUAGUCAUAAGUUCAUGAAUGUGUUAGAUUAAAUAAAAUUUAAAGCUGGUUAGUUUUAGAACAGAUGUCUAAGAACUGUGAAGAAACCGACUAUGAAUUUUCCCGAUAACCGUUUCCAAUACAGAAUAUAAAUAUAUUCAGAAAAUAUUAUUGGAUCUGAUGGACCCUCUGAAAUGAAAUAUGACAACUCAUACUCUAACAGCCAAGAACAGUUCCUCAGUUAUUCCAGUGAAAACAGAUCAAGGAAACGUGAUAAAAGCUGAUUCUUUAUCAAAUUAUCCUUCUGACAAGCAAAAAAUACCCAAUAAUAUUGAUACUAAAAUAAUAUCCACAUCAACUUUACUUGAAAAGGAACCAAUUAUCAGUCAUACUAAUAAAACCAAUACUAAUUUGACAAAUUAUAAUUCUUCAUCUUUACAAGAUAAAAAAUGCACAAUGAAACAGGAUACACUAAUCACUUCUCAACCAAUCAAAAUACAGUUACGUGAAGAAUCUAAAGAGUGUAGAAUCAAGCAACAAUUGGAUCUUAUGAAUGCAUCAACAGGUGAACAGAAUUACAACAAAUCUCAUUUCUUACAAAAUUCUCGACCACAUAUAUGCAUGUCACCAAGAUGUCCACCAGAUGGUGCAGCAGUUCAUGAAAUCUCUCCAUCCAAUCUCAGUAAAUCAAAUAAAUCAGUUAUUUAUGAAAACUUGAUUGAUAGAUAUUUAUUAAUGGAACAUGAUAAUCAUUUACCAAAAGAAAUCUCUUCACAAUCAUUAGCUACUACAAGUACUGUUAACAGCGUUACAACAACACCAACUUUUAUUGAUAAUUCCUCCAUUACAAAAAAUCACAUGAACAACAAUGUCAAAGACAUUAUGACACACAGAGUUUCAACUCAAAGUACUCAAACAAAUUCCGACAUAAUGACAGUUACAUCAGCUAGUCUUGUACAUGAUUCACUUUCCUCUUGUGAUAGCAAUAAUAAAAGUCAUUUAACCUCAGAUACGAUUAAUUCUUAUCUAUCCCCAUCCAAGAAAACUGUAAAUAUCCCUACCCAACCUCAUUCAUUAGUCAAUACAAAUACUUGGUUCCCACCUCCUCCUCCGACACCACUUCAAGAUUCAAUAAUGAAUUCUACAAAUGUUGAUUUGAAAGCACCGCACUAUCAUGAACAUUGUCGUCCAGAUGAAGUUCGUUCAUUAGUUAUAGACAAACUUUCUGAUAAAUCCUCUAAUAUCAUUACCAAUUUAAAUGUAUCUUCAACUUCUGAAUUCAAUUGUUCAACAAAAAUUAGUACAUCUGUUUCUUCAACAACAAAUUUAAAAUUAUCCACAUCUCCACCAACACCACCUUUACCUCCACCAUCUUCCCCACCCUGUCCACCAUCAGUUCCACCAAGACAUCCAGCUACUUCAUUACAAUAUAAAAUCGAACUAACUGAUUUACCGAAAACUGUAUCUGAAAAAAUAAAGAACAAUAAUGUUUUGGAAAAAUCGGAGAGCAAAUCUCAUCAAAACUUUCAUGACACAGAUAACACAUUAUCAGUGCAAACCCCUUUGAGAACAUCAUGUAAAAAUCCCGUCACAGCUAACAUUCCAAAUAAACAGAGUUCAAUUUGUCAGUCAGAUAAAUUAUCAGAUUCUUCCGCAAUGAAAAUAUUAACAAAUAAUUCCUCCGAGAUGACAGAAUCUAAGGCACAACCAGUUUCAACCAGUGAUCUAGAUGAAAGAAACAAAGAUUCAGCAAAAUAUCCUCUUGAUGGAAGAUCUGUUGUUCCAUGGGAUUCGAAUCAGAAAGACGCUACUGUCUUACUUUCAACCACUUCAUCACAGAAAACACUUCAAACAAAUGAAACAGAAUUGAUUAAAUCAACAUGCAUUCUUUCUCACGCUUCAACAGUAACUUCUUCUACUUCAUUCCCUGACAAACGAAAUGUCAACUGGGCAUUUUCAAACCAACAUAUUUCUUCUUAUCCUUUAGAAAAACUAGAUUCAAUUAAUCUUGACUCAACAAAUCCAGUUUUAAUUAAAAAACAAUCAGUAAAAUUUCAUGAAUCAAACAGAUUACAAAAUGAUCAAAAAUCAAAUGUCACUGUAACUAGACCAAAUUUUUUAUCAGAUUUCAUAUUGAUAAAAUCUACACACCCUGAUCAGCCAUCGAUUAAACGCCUUAUUUCACCUGAUGAUUUGAAAAAUGAACGUACUAUUCGAAGGCAUUAUAAUAUUACAAAUAAUCAUAAUCUAAAUCAAUCUGUCUUAUUACAGAAUGAAGGACAAGAUGAAUUUGUACCAUUUAUUUAUUCAGUAAAAGAUCCUACACUUUUAAAUCAUCAUAACCGAGAAUUAUUAAUAAAUAGUCAUCCAGAAAUACAAUCAAAUCAACCAUUUGAUGUAGCUUGGUUGAAAGCUCAACAAAGGAUGGAAUUGAUCAAUUCAAAUAACACACGAAACGGAAUUCGUCGAUCUUGUCGUGAUUUCACUCAGCGCCAAAUCAGUGCAGAACCUACAUUUACGAAUAUGCAAUCAAGUAUUAUGCAUUUAUCUCCAACAAGAACACAUAAAGAACAUUUCGCCUCUAGAAUUCCACCUACCAGUAAGAAUAGUAAUGUACUUUUAAUGACACAAUCUAGUUUACCAGCUGGAUUUCCUGAACAACAAUCAGAAUACUUUAUGCAUUACAGACAUAAAUCUGAUAACCUUGUUCAUAAUAACCCUAAUUUUGUCACAGAUAUGAGAUCGACUCGCAUGUCAGGCGAUUCUACACAUGUACAGUAUUAUCCUCAAAGAAAUCGUUCAUAUAAUUCAGAGAAUUCCUGUAUGACAGAUUUAUUUGCACCAAGUUACAACAGUAGUAUGACGCAAUCUGUAUUCUUCCCUCUAGAUUCAGGAUGGGGCCCACCAGAUGUUAAAACAAAUGAUUCAACCAGCUCUAAACACAAAAAACAUCAUUCAAAUAUGAUUCGUUCACACAGUCAACGUACUGCCGAUCCACAAACUACUUUAUUAGAAGGUAAUCAGUUAAGCACGUCCUCAGAUCACACAAGAUGUUUAAUACCUUCAAAAUAUUAUCAUCGUAAUUUAAGUCAAACAGUACCAGCCAAUCCAGAUAGUAAUUCCAUUUGGCCUCCAGUUCUUGUUCAAUGGCAUAGAAGACGACCAAAUGUUGCUGUUAGUUCAGAAAAUUUCCCCGACAUAAUAGAUUACCAGGGAAGUACAAGAUACAAUGAGAAUCUACACAUUCCAGCUGAAUAUUACAGACAUCGAAAAUCAGAUUUUCCACGUCAUCAUAGUAGUAGUACAACAGCGAUAUCUGAACAACUUGAAAAUCAACUAUGGUUUCACUGUGAUCUUUCACGUUCACAUGCAGAAAAAUUAUUGAAAUCUACACCGACAGGUAGUUUUCUUGUAAGAAGAAGUGAGACAAGUAAAACAGAACUAUCACUAUCAAUAAAGUACGACUUUUUCGUUUAAUUAUGUUGUGAUUUAUUUUUAGUUUACUUCUGUUCCAUUUGAUUAUUAAUUCAAAUUUUCUGUAUUGUGUAACAUUUCUACUUAAAUGUUUGAUUGCGAUUUUGAUGGAGUUUCGUCCUCUGAGCUUGGACUUCUACCUGAAGUUUGUGCUGAUGAUGUUCAGAAUAACGAUAAAAGCUCCACGACCAAACUAUUCAGCCCAGAGAACAAAACUCCACCAAAAUCAUCUAUCUGAAUUACAAAUCUUCUCCACCAUCUCAUUACACAUUUGAUGUAAUUAUUAUAAAGUAAUGAUAAUAGGACAAAUACUAAUAAAGAUUGAUCGGCUUCAAGGUCAACUGAACGAACUACUAGUUAUUUGGGGAGAAAUUUUUAUGACUCGCUUCCGUCUGAUUUUUUCAAGAAUUAUUUUGUUUGAAGAGAUAGCGAAGGUUACGGAGUCAAAACACUAAAAUCAGAGGAAGACAUUUCGACAAAAUCAUGCUCUCGAGCUACAAAUCACCACUAUUUUAGUAAUAAUAAAGUAUGUCGUAAUUUUGAUCUACGAGUUCACUGAGAUACGUGAUCAGAAACGGAUAGUGGUCAACAUGAAACCGUAUUUAUAAUUUGAAACCAAGAUUAUGAUCACUUUUUUGUCUGACCUCAAGGGAUUUACCUUGGUUUAUUGAGUACGAUUAACUACCAAUACUGGAUAAAUGGACAUCAGUGUAAAAGGAGUGAAAAAUAAUCCUAAAGGAGAAACAACUUUUUAGUGACUACUUAUGGGUAUAACAUGCUGUAAAAGUUACAUGGAUUUCUUCCAAAGUGCAAUUAAUUUGUUUACUAAAUUCUUUGCACCAACUAACAAACUAUUCUCUUUCUAAAAGCUGACUUUUCUAGUGUAUUUUACCCGGUUUCUUUUUACAGACGAGAAAGUGAUGUACUUCAUAUGAAAAUUUCACAAGAUCCUGAAACUGGAGGUUAUGUUUUAGGCGAAUAUAGUCAACCAUAUCCAAGUGUUUCAUCUAUGAUUUAUCGUUAUUCACGAACUUUACUACCAGUACGUGGUACAACUCCGGUGUUGUUACGAUUCCCAAUCAGUCGUAUUGCAUUUUCACAUUAAAUAUAAAUCAAACAACUCAUAACGAUGUGUCAGUUAUACAUUCUAUUUAUACAUCUCUUUAUUACUACUUCUUUUUUUUCUAACAGAUAUUCAUGAUUAUCAUAUUGUUUUCACAAUUCUCUCCCCCAUUUACUUUUACAUUUUCUUUUUCUUCAUUUUGUAGCUCUAUUGUCUAUUUUAGUUAAAUUUCAUUUUCUUUGUAUUUAUAUCUAUUUAACAUUUCAAUAUAACUGUCAACUUGUCCUACAUUUAUUUACAUUAGUACACAUAUAGAGUCUUUCGUAUUAGUACUAUGGUGGAUAAGUCAACAACAACAAAAAGUGUUACCGAUGUUUCACACGAAUACUCCUGGUUAUAAAAUUACAAUUUAACUAGCAUUUAAUAAUUGUUUCGUUAUACCAGUGCUUUUCUUUUUCUACGAACCAUGAACAAACCACAUGUUUAUUCUUCAAAUCUUUGUUGAUUUCUUUUUUCUUUUGAUAAGUUCAUAAUUCAGAUUUCUUCCAUUUUGCUUCCCCGAAUCAUCAAAUGUAAUAUCUUCUAGUUACUAACUGUCUAAUUACUCAAUAUUUAUAUUAUUCAACUCAUUAACAUAAUUCAGUAAAUUUAUACUGUUGUUUUUAAAACGGAAAACUAUUUGAACUAUUUUACACAUAGAUUCAAAAUGUUCGCUUUUAAAAUAACUAGGACAAAACUAUUCAGAAAGAAUCGUUAACACGCACAAGCUUUAAACACAUGUGUAUAUUAAAUAUUACUAAAUAACUUUUUUUUUCUUCAUCCGCUUACUCGUUUAUUGAAUUAUGAACAUUGUGUUUGAUUGGGUAGUUUCAAAUUUUUGAAGUGUGCUACUUUAGGUUGUAAUUACUUUUAUUGCUUUGAAUUUUGUUGUGUUUUUUUUUGGUCACUUGAAUUUAUAACAAAAAUGUUGGGAAAAAUAGGACCGCAGUAUAUACAUACAUUUCUCCAGCAAAUUUCAAGAGAACAUUUAUUCUGAAAUAUCGUCACCAUCGUUGUAGUUGUUACUAUGAUUAUUAUCCAAUGUCAUUAUUUCUUUCAAAUAUUCAUUACUGUAUGAUUUUUAUUACUGACCACUAGAGCUGCUGUUCUUUACGUGUCUCUAUAAUAUAAAUUUCAGCUUCAAUGU